ACGUCGUGAAUAAUUAUGUGUUGUUGGUAGUUUGUAUUAAUUGCCUGUCCCUUGACUGUACAAAACCAGUUUCUGUUGUGACUCUUACAUACUUUCAUAGUGGCUACAAAGAAAACUUCUGAACGUAACAUUUAAAAUGUGUAUUUUCUAAGCAUUGUUAGAUAAAAUGUACCAUAACAGUGAAUUUGUAAACAUGGGUUUAUUCAGUGAUUUUUUAACAGUGAAUUAAUAUUCAGUCUUAUUUCAUGUCUGUUUAGCUAUUGUUAACUAUUAUUUUACCAUUCUUUAACUAUUGUUUAAUUUAUAUUUUUAGAUGCAAUGUAGUCAAUUUAUUGCUAUGAGUCACAAUAGAAAUUUGUACAAUACAUAUCUUGUCAAGAACUUGGAAUACACAUGCAUAUUAUAUAAAACUUGAUUUAUAUAAUAAAAAUGUAUAUUUAGACAUUAUCGAGGUGUUAGGAAUCUUGUAAAUUUAUAAUGGUCAUAAAUGAAUAUGAACGAUUAUCACCGCAUCAGAUAUGACAUUAAGUGGCAUCAGUAAUCAGAAGUUACAAUGAUUGGUACAGCCUGUACUUUGGAAGAUGCGUGUCGACAGGCUCAGGGUAUGAUUAAUCUAGUAUCCAGAUGUUGGAAAAAUGCCCAAGGUCAGAAUUCAUUGGCCUUAACAUCGGACAAAUCAUUAUCCUCUCAGAAAAAAGAGCAAAGUCACUCCAGGCAUAGUAUCCAAUCCAAACUCACCAGACUCUAUUUUGAAGAACUUUCUGCGGUUCCUCAUGCAACUCCAGAUUCAGUUUUGCACAAUCUUGAGAAUGAAUGCGACCUUUUGGGGCUGUUAGUGAAAAAGGAAGGUUUAAAUACAUUAAUCGUUAAUCUCUAUGCUGGUAAUAAAGGAUACUCAUUAGCUGUAAGAAAUAGCGAUAAGGGAAAUCAAUACGAUAAAAAUUCAUUAGCCGAGACACAACUCAUGGGUUAUGAACAGGGUGAACUACUUUCAUGCAUAGAUAAUGGCCAAUUGCCAGCUAUGCUAGCCGAACAAUUAGAAUCCAAUUAUUCACAUUUAUUUUACGACGGCUGUAUAAUCGCUGAAGUUCGAGAUUAUCGAAGAUCAUUAUCUCAUAAUAGAGCCAAGGUUCACCAUGUACUUCUUAAACCUACCACACAGAGUGUACUUUCGGAUGUAUCGACACUUACGAGCGACGGAGAUUGGAGCCAUGAGGAGCGAUUAAUGUUGGAAUCACAUUUAGUAGCAGCUACUCAAGGUCCUCUAUGCCUGGAUCCGAAUCCUAUUCCUACCUUAGCUAGUACAAGAAUUAAGCAGUCUAAGUCACUGCUUACCGAUCAUCAACUCAUGCGACAAGCAAAAAAAUUCUCUCAGGUCACAGUAAAUCGAAAAAGAAAAUUGGAACAGCUGGCUCAGUCAGAAGGACAAACGAUAUAUGACUUAAUGCAGAAAUUCCAUACGAAAAAAAGAGGAUUAACGACCAAUACUGCCUGUCCACCGCCUUCUCUUACAAACCCUCCUCUGCUUCCACCGUCUACAACAAUCGAUGUUUUAAGAUACGCGAAAGCAUACGAGCGGCCACGAGAAACAAAAGACUGUUCACCACAAGUUAUAGAAGAAUACAUAUUAAAACCUGCGGAAAGUCAGGAUUAUAUAAAACUCUCGAUCCUGCAGAGGCCUGCUACUUCUGAGUACCUGGGAGAACUUUAUAUGGAUAAGAAUCAUCGGGAUGGAGAGAGAAAUGGUUCUUCUUGCCGUUUUACAUUGGGUACCAGAGCUGUGGCCAAUCAUUACUAUCAGCAAUUUAAAGAAAUAUUUACAGAAGAGGGUAGGAAAAAUGUAAGAAUAGAACAUAUUAUACCAGGGCAGGCUCCUCGUAUUGCAUGUACACCUGGCAUGCAACGAGUACAUCAACAGGCGCAAGCAAAAAGCAUUGCGGCGCAAUUAGCAGUUCAACAGCUGCAGCAGGCUCAAUCUCAACAAGUAACACAACAGCAAAUCCGCGCGUCAUUUCAGAUUCUGUCAAGAGCUCAAGGGCAACUAACUAAUUUGGCUAGUCAGGUAGCCUCCAUGAAGGCUAUGACGGAAGCCACUACCUCUGCACAAAAUAAUAUCGCGUGUGUGGACUCGGCGAAUAUACCACAAGUUAUCCCGCAAAAUGACGUUACCGCUUUGAGCUCAGGGCAAUCUUUGGCCAAUGGCGGCGCUAACGCGUCGACUUCCGUUCAAAUUGAUAACUCCGCGAUGACAGUAGCGGACAACACUUGUAACGGUUCUGGUAUUCUGGUCUUUCAAAAAUCGGCUGGUACUAUUAAUAACACAACACCUACCAAUGUUCCAGUGUUGCAAGCGCAAUUGCAAGCAGGAACACAGAACUGUAUAGGUGAGGCUACUACUCAGAGCCAAAACGAGCCACCGUUCAAAAAACAUUCAACUAAUCCAGCAAUAAAUGCUCUUGUUACUUCUCUCAUGAACUCCGCACAGCAAUUUCAGCAACAAGCUGCAGCUAAUGCUGCGGCUGCAGCUAUGAAUAACAAUGCACAAGCCACAAAUAAAUCCAACAAUGCCGCGAUUCUUAGUCUAUUAAAUAGCACCCCUGCGAAUAUAGCUCAGCGAAAAGUUGGCCAACCCCAAAGGAUCUCUCUUAAUGCUUCCAUCCCACCUAGAGUUAUCAGUCAUGGCAAUGUGAUUAAUGUGCCCAACACUACUGGUCAGGUACGCGUAAGCUUAAGCUCUUCCGCUCUAGCAGGACAAUUAAGUUGUAAGCAACAACCAGUGAAAGCAACUGCUGUAAGACUUGCGCGAGUCCAGGAUCCUACAUCUACCCUUGGAUUAUCAAUGCCAGGACUUUCGGCUUUGCUUGCUGGCACACCAUCGGCUGAUAAUCCGAUACCCGGAAUGAAUUCGACUUCAUCGCUACUCGAACGGCUCACCGCUUCUUCCAGUCAGAGUAGCCAACCAGCGAGUCCGAUGACCAGUCCAUCGCAAACCAACGUGAAUUUACAAGGCGUGAACCUCACUAGUCUGCCAAACUCCAUCAACGGUUUACAAAACGUUCAGGUAUCGUUCCCAGGCUUAUCACAACCUAUUACGAUGUCAUUGAACGUAUCUCCGACUACUGGUGGCACUGUUACACCUACUGGAGUCAUCGUUUCACUCCCUAUAUCGUCCGCCACAAAUACUUGCACGACAGUAUCAAGCAUGGUAGCUGCAACUGUCGUUACAACAGCUAUCGCUGGGAGUACACCGACGGUAGUGAUUGCCAACCCUCCCAAUGCUCACUUGUCUUUGCCAAUCGCCCAAAUAAUACCAUCUGGAGUAAAAGGAUUGUCACAGCAAAAUAUUAGGAGUAAUAAUGCAGUAACUCUUGCACAGGGAGGACAAGCAAUUCAAUUUAUUGGGUCUCAAAGACCGCGAUUUAAUCAUAUGACUCGUCAAGUACAAUCGAAUCAAGUUAAAUCGACUGUCUUAUCAAAUCAAUUAGUGACAGUUGCCAAAACAGUAACGGCGAGUCAACUGAUAUUGUCUGGUAACAAACAAGUAUUAACUCCAAUAGUGGCCGCGACGAAACCUGUGCUUAUGGCGUCGCAGACGACGCCUUCUUCCCAAGUAGUACCUGUUAAUAAACAAACUUUAUUGACAAAAUCCUUACACGCUAGGGCUUCUACCGGUCAAUGUAGCCAGCAGACACAAAGUCUCGGAGUGGCUACUUUAUCCCAACAACAACUUCAGCAGUUACAACAAUGUCUAGCUGCGCAGCAUAAAGUUGCCGUCGCGGCGGGGAAUUCUCAAAGGACGCAAAUUGAAGCUCAGAGAAAUUCUACGUCUGCCCCGGGGGAAGACCCCGCCUGAAUAUGUUCAAAUAAAUGAUAAUGAUCAUGUUACGUCGAAAUAAUUGAAGCCCGCCUGGAAGAAAUGUAAUGAGGCAUUUGUGUAUUAUAUUACGGUUAUGAAUAUGAGAUUUAUUUUUUUGCAUGUGGAAAUCGUAUGAUAUAAAUUGUGUUUUUUUUUUGUCUACUUAAUUACGAAGAAAUUUUAUUCUAGUUUAAAUAAUUCGUAUCUGCUGACUGAAAAUAUACAAGAUAUACGAGAAGAUAUACAGGAUAUUUUACCAGAUCAGUAUUACGUAACUUAUGACCAUGUGCAAUAAAUGCGUUUUUCUCAAAUAUCCGCCUUAAAAUGUUACUUUAGGGAAGGUUUCAAUUAUUGUACAUAUAACAUAUAUAUGUAUAUAUACAUAUAUAUAUACGAUACGAUUUGUUUUAUAUUAAAAGCGUAAUAAAUAUUCCAGUUUUUA